ACAGAUCAUUGCAGCGUGCACCCCAAAAUCCUUGUCCCAGCUGCCAACAAGACACUGGACCUGGCACUGGGGAGCCAGGUUGAGCUGAACUGCACCGUGGGCUGGGCAGCUGCCGAGCACUGCCAGCCUGCCCCAGCCUGGAGCAAGGAUGGGCAGUGGCUGGGAAAUGAGAGCAGGCAGGACACCACCUGGCUGGCACAGAACAGCUCUGAGCAGCUCCUCAGCAGCGUCCUGCAGCUCAACCUCACUCACGACGCCGACUUUGGGGUCUUUGCCUGCUGGGUCAGCAAUGCCACUGCCACCUUCACCCUGCGGCGAGCGGAGGUGGCAGGGCACGUGCCCGCGGUGCUGGCAGCCCUCCUGGUGCUGACACUGCUGAUGCUUCUGGCUGGGCUCUACGUCCGGUGCCGCCUGAAUGCGCUCCUCUGGUACCGGAACCGCUACGGCGAGCUGGAGAUUAACGACGGGAAGCUGUACGAUGCCUACGUCUCGCACGCCCCCAGCCCCGACGACAGGAAGUUUGUCAACUUCAUCUUGAAGCCGCAGCUGGAGAACCGCUACGGCUACAAACUCUUCCUGGACGAGCAAACCAUCCUGCCCAACUCAGAGCCCUCAGCCGACCUCAUCAUGAACGUCAGCCGCUGCCGGCGCCUGAUCGUGGUCCUGUCCGUGGCGUACCUGGAGCAGGACUGGUGCAACAGCAGCUUCAGGGAAGGGCUCUGGAGGCUGCUGGAGCUUUCUAAGAAACCAAUCUUCAUCGUCUUCGAGAGCCAGUACCGAGAGAUCAGCCACCCUGCCAUCAGCCUGCUGAGGCAGCACCGGAACGUGGUGACCUUGCUGGUGUGGAGAGCUGGCUCCAUGACUCCCUCCUCGGACUUCUGGAAAGAGCUGUGCCUGGCCCUGCCCUGCAAGGUGUCCUUCCAGGGGACCGUGGGGGACCCGCAGACCCAGCUGCAGGAGGACAAGGACCCCAUGCUGAUCCUGCACAGCAGCUACCUGGACAGUGGUGGAGACCUCCAACCUGACGGGGACCUCGGCCUCCGAGGGUGUAUCUUCAGAAGUCCUCCCCCUCCCCGCAUCGGCGGCCCUGGAGCUCCCACGAUGGCUGCUGCCGGCGGGACAGAGGAGGAGCAGCUGAGGGACGGCCGCAGACCAGAGCUUGAUGUCUCGGACCUGGGGUCGCGCAACUACGGUGCCCGCACCGACUUCUACUGCCUGGUGACAGAGGAUGACCUCUGA